AUGGAGCUUGAAAAUGGUCAGCUUUAAAAAUCUCCUGAAUAUCACUUUAUGAAACGCUAUCAGAACGCGUCAGAAACAAAGCAGUUGCACAAAUCUCUCACAGUAUAAAACACAGACAUUGCCAUUAUUACAGAAACCUGGCUAAUUCCUAAAGAAAUCCUAAAAAUCCUAGAUUAUACUCUACACAGGAAAGAUGGAUUCCCAAUUAAUACCAACAAAUCCAAGGGUGCAGUACUCAUAGCAAUACGAAACAGUAUCCCCGCUGAGGACAUCCCACAACUGGCCUUCCCCAACAUCGAUUUCCUAUCAAUCAAGGUCAAAACCACUAUAUACCUCAUAAUAGGGGCGGUGUACGCACGCCCAAAAACCAAAAUUUUAACAACAGAUCUCGACUCCAUUAUCUCACUGCACGGAGUACUUUAUCAUAGGUGA